UGGUGUAACUUUUGGAUGACCCCCUCUUUGACAAAGACAGUGUCCAUCAAUUGUCCCCUUGUCAUUAUUGGCUGCUUUUAUGCCAAGGGGCUUUUUGUAUCUUUUGUUGUUGCCCUCUGUUGAACACUGCGCCUUUAAAUCAGACUUCAGACCCUGAGAUCACUUCAUAUCUGCUUCUCUUUAAACAGCUUAUGUAAUUUUAUAGUUUUGGAUUCAAAAUGUUCUUUUUGUAGUGAAAACCGUACAAAUAAAGGUUUUACAUUCAUUUUGAAGUGUGUUUUGCUUUUUUUUUUUUUUUUACUGCUCUUGCCAGUUGAAAAAGUGCACAUUUAGAGUUAAUUUGGUCCAAUAUUACAUAAUUUCCUCCGUGCUUUGAUUUGGUCGCAUCUUAACUCAGAUAACACUGCCUUUUAGUUGUAUGUUUACUCGUGUGUGGACCAGCGUUACCUCCAUUGGCCGAUCUGGUCACAUGGUUCGCUAACUUUAUUCAGUUGACACCAAGUAGGAGGGCUUUAUGGAGGGAGGAAAAAAAGACAACUCGAGAAAAAUUAGUAUUUUCUACCUUCAGAAAUUAAUGGCCAUGAGUUCGUAUAUGGUGAACUCUAAGUAUGUGGACCCUAAAUUUCCUCCCUGCGAGGAAUAUUCACAAAACAACUAUAUACCUGAGCAGGGCUCCGACUACUUCAGUCCCUCGCAGGACACAGACUUUCAGCAUCCAGGGAUCUACCCACGGCCAAACUACACGGAGCAGCCCUUCAGCUGCAACACUGUGCCGGAGCCCACGCCAGUGCCGCAGCCACGGGGUCAUGUGCACGACAGAUCCAGCCAUGCGAGUCCCUUCGGCGAACAGACAGAGCAGGGGGCCACGCUCCAAGUGUCCGGGACCCGGACUUGUGGACAGCAGCAGCAGCAAAACACAAAGAGUCAAAAUGGGAUUCAGUCCAAGCAGCCUGCAGUAGUUUACCCCUGGAUGAAGAAAGUCCACGUUACUACUGUGAACCCGGAUUACACGGGACCAGAGCCCAAACGGUCCAGAACUGCUUACACCCGACAGCAGGUCCUGGAGCUGGAGAAGGAGUUCCACUUUAACAGGUAUCUGACCAGGCGGCGGCGGAUCGAAAUUGCCCACACUCUGUGUCUCUCCGAGAGGCAGAUUAAAAUCUGGUUUCAGAACAGACGCAUGAAGUGGAAGAAGGAUCACAAACUGCCCAACACCAAGGGCAGAUCUGCACCAGCCUCCAGCCAUCUGCAGAGCCUGCAGAAGGACAGCCAGCAGACUGACAUCACAGCGUUAUAAAAAAACAAACAAAACAAAAAACAACUCUGCAAAUCCAAACUGUACAUAAGAAGGUUGCCUGACUUUUGCAUGGACUUUUUUUCAGCCUUUUAUUUUUUAAAGAUUCUAAUUUAACAAAGAAAACAAACCGACCGAAGCAGUGUUGAAUCGUUGAGUCGAGAGAAAAAAAAAACAGCCAGUCUUUUGUUACUGAGACGCUUUUUUUAUUAUUUUCUCCCGGAAACUCAUUUUUAUUUUUAUUUUUAUUUUAUUUUCCAUUUAUUUGGACUUUCUACCAUUGAGGACAUUUUUUUCAUCCGACUCGGCUGUUUUUCUGGAUUUAAACAAACCAACAACAUGGAUUCACUGUGGUUUCAGGACUGAAACAUCUGUAUCUAAAGCAGGGAAGCCCUUUGUUCAUUAUCACACACACACACACACACACACACUCACGCACAAACACACAGACACAGACAGACACUCUCUCUUUCCCGCACCUUGAAUUAUUUCAGUUUAUUCCUUCUACUGAAACGCACAACAAACACAGAAAAAAUACGUCAUAUUUAUAUAUAUGAAAAUCUAUAUAUACUUGAAGCAUUAUUUGCAUUAAAGGCACGCCAAAACACGACCAUAUACUUCGUAAAAAAAUACUGCAAAAAAAAAUUCCCGCUGAAUAUUUUCAGUUCCACGUGUCUUUUUGUGACGUGUAUGUUAUUUUUUAACUUAUUUUGUACAAUAAAACCUUUAAUUUUUCCUUUUUUCCCCUCUUUCUCACCUUAAAUAUGAUUCCCCCAAAAGCAAGACAUUCCUGUGUGCAUACUAUUCUGAGUGCCCUUAUAAAUCUCCCCUGACACCUUUGUAAACAAUUGACAUUUUCAGAGGCUUUUUUCUUUUUUGGAGAGAUUUUGUUCCUGCAUGUUUCCAACGUUCUCAUCGAAAACGAUCCCAAUCCGCAAUAUUUAGGAUAUUUCUAUGUUUUAUUUCCUUCUUUUCCACCUCUUUAUUUAUUGAUCUUGUAAAUUUCUUUCGUUCACAACUGAAUUAAUCGUUUUAAAUAUAAAUAUAUAUAUAAAUAUGUUCCAACUCGUGUGCAUUAAUAGCAUGGCUUUAUGCAAACGUUUAGUCUUAGUUAAUGUUAAUGGUUGUUAUAGUUUUCCAUUAAAACACGCGGUGGGGGGUUUUGGUGCCUUCACGUCAGGUCCACAAAGACGAGAGAUAUUUUUUUUGUUCUUGUUUUACACCGUUAUUGUCUUCGGACUCAACACAAGGCAGAGAAAGAAGCCCAGAAGCUUCUCUGGAGGCUCUUCUUUCUUCUCAAGUCUCCACCAUGAGAGGCUUGAAAAGGUAUUUGAAACGAAGGUCGACAAAGCAGCAGAGGCAGGUUCAUUCAGGGGACACGUUUCAGCCGCGAGGACUGACCCCUGCACCCCUGACCCGCCGGACAGGCAGCAUUUUCUCUCCCAGGCGUUUAGGGUUUUUUUUCUUCCAAGUUCUUAAAAAAUCUCCAAGAAUGCGAAUGAAGUAGGAGCGAAUUAAUCGAUUCCUAAUGUUAUUGAAAAAAAAAAAAAAAAAACAACAAAAAAACCCCCGAAAACUAUAUUUACCGAUAUCGAACGCAGCCCCCAAAACUUCAGGUUGGUGCAUUUUUGUUUUAUUGUUAUUUUUUUUAUUGUGAUUAUUUUGCCUCCUCUUGUCAAUAUCACAGUCUUGGUUUUAUUUUUGUACAUGCUUUCUACCUUGUAUUGUGCAUUGGAGAUGUGAGAAGUAUAUUGGACAGAAAUAAAGAUUUCUACUGAUUAUGCAUUUGAAUCUUU